UCACUUUUUGAGUUAGCUCCAUUGAUAAGAAUUGGCAAGUUGCCUGUUCUUUGGUUUUAGUUCAGUACGCUUUUCGAACCAAUACGUUUCGAUGUAAGAGAUCAUUGGAUUUUCAACCGCGACGAGCUGCUGGCCAUAUUAUCAAAAUAAUUAAGGAGUGGAAUAUCCAUAGGAUAGACUGUCAACAUAUAAACACGACGAGGAUGCAGAAGCCACAUCAUGGUCCGUGCUGGAUGUUGCUUCUACUGGCAUCGCUGAUCGGUACUUUUAUGCUGGCCUUCAGCUACUGGAUGUUUGUGCCGCGCGAGGAGUCACUAUGGUCAAUGAUAUCGAACUACAGUGGAUCUGGAAUAAAGUACUCCCUGCCGCCGUCAGCAGUACCUGAGGAACUUAAGCUUCGGCAGAGACCGCCCUUCGUUUACCAGAUAUUACAUUGAAAGUAGAAGUACAAUAUAGUGUUUAUAUGCUAUGUAAUCUUACGCUAGUUUAACAAUAAAUUACAUGUACACAG